AUGUCACAUCUCCGUUACUACGCCUAUGAAGGGUUUGGUCAACGGAACUUGGAGAGGUUUAGUUACAAUCAAGCCGUGCGUGUCGGCGACAAGAUUGAGCGUUCUGGCCAAGGCGGAUGCGACCCCGAGACGGGUGAAUUCUACAAGGAGAUCAACGCGCAGAUCGACCAAGCGUUUGCCAAUGUCGAUCUGGACUUGAAAGACGCCGGCGGCAAGGGUUGGGAGCAAGUUUACAGGGUCAACUCGUACCAUGUGCCGAUCAACAAUGAAGCUCUGGGCGCCAUGGUUAGGAACUUGAACAAGUGGAUGCCGAACCACAGGCCUAUCUGGACAUGUGUGGGGGGUGACUAG